CGUUUAUGUAUAUAUACAUUGUACAGUUUAUGUAUGUAAUCUAUCGUUGAUGACAGUCGCUUGAUAUUUGGACUGCUCGGAGAACACACUAGUCAGAAAGUCCAGUACAGAAUUUGGUCGUGUACCCACUACAAAGAUUUAACAUUAGGGUUUUAGCUACCAUGGAUCGUCUGAGGCCCAGAGUCAAAAAGUCCCCCACUUUUACAACACCUGAGGUGGAGAAAAUGGAAAAAUCACUCAACGAAACAGGAGAUAAUUGUUUGAACGUUGAAUUUUUUAAGAAAUUUGCAAGAAGUUUCAACUCCGCACGUGGCCGUGCCGGGAAACCGAAAUUGAAGUGGAGUGAGGUGCAAAGUUGGUUCCAGAACAAGCAGUUGGAAUCUGCAUCCAAAGAUAGUUUACUUCCCCGCGUGAAGAAAUUGAAUCCAGAUACCUCCCCCUUAAAUGAACCAGAUAAAACUACUUUAACGUCUAAAGGAGGAGAAGAGGAGCAUGAUUAUUCGAACUUAAAGUUCGAAGCUAAGUCUUCAAAAGAUGGGGCAUGGUAUGAUGUGGAAAAGUUCGUCACUUACAGAAAUUCUAGGUCAAAACAAACUGAAGCCCGUGUGAGGUUUGCGGGGUACGGACCAGAGGAUGAUGAGUGGUUGAAUGUAAAAGAGUGUAUCCGUGAAUGCUCUCUUGGGAUAGACCACUCAGAAUGCCAGAUGUUGAAGCCUGGAAAUCUUGUUGUGUGCUUCCAGGAGAAGGAUGAGGAUGCUAAGUAUUAUGAUGCUCAUAUUGUUGAUGUCAAAAGAAAGAUGCAUGAUGCCAGGGGCUGCCGAUGUGAUUUUCGUAUUCGUUACAACCACGACAAUGUUGAGGAAACAGUUGAUUUGAACAGAUUGUAUUGCCGACCAAAAUCUGAAAGGCCACACCAAAGAGAUGCUUAACUGCUGCACAAAUCAAUCAUUUGCUUCCUGAUCGAUAUAUUUUGUCUUCAUUUUAUCAUCAUCCCUGAACUUGCCAAAGUCUCUGCUUACAAGUCAUAUUUUUUGUCUCCGGGAGAAGCAUAUAUUAACAAGUCAGUUGCCCUAUAGGUUAACUAAAUUAGUUAGAUUUACCCGGAAGUUUUAAUAGUCACGCAAUUGGAAAUAUGGGGCAGGUCUCUUUUGAAUUGCAAAAAUGGAGUAGCCAAAGUGUAUCUAUUUCAAUUCUAUUUGGUGGUUAAAACUAUGAGUUAUAUAUGGCA